AUGGCCACCGCCGGCGAAAUCAUCGCCAUCACGGCAAGAUCGACGUGGACGGGGAUCCGGCGGCAGGUCGCCGCUAUGGGGCGUAUGGUAAAGAGGAUGGGUUCGUUGGUGAAGGAUGUUCGGGAGUUGUUUGUCUUCUUGGCGGCGUGCUCGAAGGAGAUGCUGGCUGAGAUUGGGAGGAAUACCCAUCUCAAGCGUGUUAUACAGGUCAUUGAGGCCAUGCCGCGCGACCUAGGAGUGGAUAUCAUCCGCCUGGAUGAUGCUUGGGGCGAAACCUGGGGAUUACCUUUACAAGCCUGCGGAAGUUGGGAGUCAUUUUGCGACUUGCUUCAAGGUGUGGUGUAUGCUGGCAAGCCGGGCCUCGACCAAGUCGCGAGCGGCCAGUUUGCGAUUACAUUGGCAAAGAGAGGCGACUUCAACCUCAAUUCAUUCAGCUGGGAUAGUUCUUUGGAGAAGAAACUGCAUAUUGAGCAGGCCAUAGUUGUCCCCAGAGCCUACUCAAGGCCGAGUAAAGGAUGUCCUUUCCCAGGUUGCUGUGGUACGACUGUAUUAGAAGUUAAGGGCAAAAUGAGAUGCUCGACAUGUGGACGACAAGCGGCGAUUCGGAGACGACCCCAGAGCAUCAUCAACAUACAACAUGCGUCAGAUCAAUCCCCGGAACCGCAACCGGGCAUCUUGCCAACGUCUCAUGGGCUGGGCUCACCACCAAUACAGUUGGUAGGCGGAGAAUACCAGCAUUUCCGCCGCCUGCAGUUUCAGGAGCCUGCGAAGCCAGUUCAAAACUCCCGCGAGAUUUUGCAUAGAUUAGUAGAGGACUUCAGAGAUGUGACGGCCAAUGCCUACUCCGGCAAUCUAAUUCUCCAAGUUGUGGAAGUAGAUAACCCCUGGUCCCCUGACGAGACUGUCGUAGCUCUCAAACAUGCAGUGUCAUGUCUCGGCCGCGCAAUAAUCUCCGGUGAGUUGCCCUCCUAA